CUGCGAAUGAGAGAGAAAUGAAAUAUUUACAAGCCCCAGAUAGACAGUUGCAUAAAUUAGACAUGACUCCAUGUGAGGAAAGCAAAACGACAAUCUGAGGUUGCACUUUGAUCUUUCCAUGGGUGGAGAAAUAGAAAUUUGGCACACCCCCUGAACUCCUGCAACAACAACAACGCUGUGUUAAGUAAUGCCACAUCAUAGUAGACCUGUUGAUACCAAGGUUUUGACACUCCUAUGUCUGGGAGAGCAAAGAGUAACUCUGAGGCAUACUCAUUAGACAGUAUCUCAGGACUGGAGUCGUUUGACAGUAGAAUGGAAGCGUCUAGACAAGCCCCGCUGAUACACCUCGGGGAUGAGGACCCAGCGCUGUCGGUCCCAGUCCGGGAUGUGUCCAUGAGCAGCCAUGACAGCGGGCUGGCUGACCGGGAGCUGGAGUCUGGUGAUCGCUUUGAGACUUCUUCAGGACUUCCACCGUCCAUACCUGAGCAGGAUAGAGAACAGUCAAGGGAAGGAGUACAGCAACGACCUUUGGCCUCCAAGCACAGGGGACCUUCCCGACAGGGUUUUCUCCCCUUGAAGUCAUGCCCAGACGUUUUGCGCUCUAGAGAAGCAGAGGAAUCAGCACGAAACUUUGAGCGCAUGUUUGGACUUCGGUUAUCUGGACGCAGAAGACCUCGGCAUCCAGUGGGCCGAGUGCAGUCCGUGUCGGAGAGGUUUUACGAUGAGUCCGGUGAACAGAGAAGUAACAUCCGGCCAGAUUUGUAUGUUAGUUUUGAUGAAGAGCCAAGACGGGCUCAAAUAAAACAGUCCAAGAAACUACCCGGCUGGGCUUGGUACCUUCUGUCCAAGUCCCUUGGGGUGAAGUCUCACCCCAGGGAGAAGCCGAUCUUUGCCACAUUUCUUCACGUGUUGACGUUAACGUUUGGGCUAACAUUUCUGGUGACCUACACCUGGCAUAAGGUAUACGAUAUCGUCAGCAUCAUGACCAAGUCCACCGUUCUCACUGGCAUGGUGGAGAUUGUCAUCUGUAUCUGCUGGGUCUCCUUGACCAUUUAUGCCAAUAAGUGUGCAGCCAGGUUGUUUAGCAGUAAGAACUUCAUCCGCAGCGUACGCCUCCAUUCCAAGACAAUAUUCAAAGUGAGUGCGGUGGGGCUGAUGGGCAUUCUGGGUGUGUCGUUUAUGACUGUGAACAGCUACCACGCCGUCAGCACAUUUCAGGACGAACACUGUCUCUCUGUCAACCUCAGCUUUGUCGUGUGUAAAAUCGUGUAUCCAGCUCGUGUGUCCUUCAACAUCUUUGGAAUUAUCUGGAAUAUGAUUGUGGCGGCCGUUCUUCUGUCUGUCUGUCGCACGCACACAGUCGGCAUCAGAAGGUUCAUUAAGGAACUGGAGAUGGACGGGAAGAAAUAUGAAGACUUCUGGAAGGAGAGGAUGUCAGGAAAUCCCACACAGUCUUUGUUAGACCUAGAUAAUCUACACGACCUUGACGCCAUGUCUGACGGGGAGUUUGGGUCGGAGUGGAUAGUCUGGCAGGAGAACCAUGCUUCAACACCCCCGCAGGAUGACAGAGCUGAGGGCGUCCGACAGAGGUCAAGAUGCAGCACUGGGGAAACACAACACACAGGGGAGAUAACCCGCUCUGUGUCUCAGCUGGGGCACAGGCCCGACAAUGAAGCAGGGCUCACUCCAAUUGUAGAACCACUGUGGUCGACUAGCAUUCCUGAGUCUCCAGGUGAGGUGGGUAGCACACAACCCUCUGUAACUGGUCCCUCUUACCCUGGACCCGUGAGACGAUCCAGCGUCCCCGAAUCAGAGGCACAGCCAGCUAAUGGGCCAUCUGGUGACCAGUAUGAACAGGCAUAUGACAAUGAGGAUGGCGCCAACGCCCCUGCUGAGGAGAAUGGCUACCCCGAUGAUGAGGCUCCUCCCAUAAUGACCAACGAGGAUAUCCUGCUGUGUUACUGGAAGAUCUCUUGUCGCAUGCGAGUGACAUCCAUGUGUCUCCAGAGAUGGCUGUCCUCGUGGAUUGCCUUUGUGGUGCUCUGGUGUGCCAACUACAUCAUCUACUGGACCAGUCAUGACGCAACCAUCAUCGCCAUCGUCGAGUUUAUCAUCCCACUCCUCAUGAUUCCUCUGCUGGCGUCGGCGUACGCCGAGGCGAACACUGAGGGGCAAAGGAUGAUUCGAUCUAUUUGCCCCGUCCAAGAACGCCUCGCCCUGCUGUUCUACCUCAGUCAGCAACCUCUACAGAUGACGAUAUUCAACUUCCCAGUGACGUACCAAGGCAUUGUGGGUGUGAUAGCUGCGUUCUCUGUGGCAUUUGCUUCUAGGAUUGUUCUGGACGAGGUCUUAGUUAAGUGAGCUGUACCUGGAACUUCAGGAGCUUCUGUCAGAACGUGUUUAGGACCCAGGCCAUCAAGCAAAUGGAUAUAAUCUGACCUCAGGACCUCACCAGAUAAACUUCAGACCCAACCGCAGCCUUGAACGGGGAUUCCCCCCACUGUGUCGUUGUUGUUGAGGUCUCAUAGUGAUUUUAAGCCAUCCAUGUUGCUCUCUGAGAACAUUUACACAGUCGUAUGUUGGUUGAAACUCAUCAUGUGUAGAUCAAGUUAGUCAGUAAGUUGCCAAAAGCUGGUGGUUUAUUCCAGGCUUCCAGGCUUUACUCAUAAGCUAGGACCAUCAUCGUAUUAGUCAGACCAAUAAUAAAUAUCUGUUAGAUAAAUAAACAAAUGUGGGACAUUAGGAGAGAGAUCAUUAUUCCGUGUGAGCGUUUUCACAUGAAUUCUAGACCUGUACACAGAACAAACUUAUAUGAUGGCCUACUGUGAUGGAUGUUUUGUUUGUUAAGAGCUACAUGCAUCCAUUAAACUGUAGGGUAUAUUUUAACUUUUACACCUUCAUGCUUACAUGUAUAUAGUGUCUUUCGUAGUACACUUUUACUUAUGUGCAGAUGUAGUUUAGACGUCAGUGUUUUCAUUUUGUAUAAGUUUGUUUUAUUUACUCUACUGUUUUUCUAAAUGUGUUUAGAAGUGGCAUAAUAUUAACAGAUUUUAGAUUUUGCACGACUGAUUUUCUGAUACUAAAGCAUGAGGAGAUUGUUGUUGACUGUCUUGGUCAUUCUUCGUGAAGGUAAAUGUCUAGUUGAACUAUUGGAGAAGUGGAAAUGGAUAACCAUUUUAGUGUGAUCACUAAAAGGUAAGGCAUACUGAUAAAUGAAUGAAUUGUCAGUCAUCCAUGGGUAUUAAUUACAGUAGAUUGUCAGUCAUUUUAUCUGGAUUUUCUUUGUUAUUUGAAAGUUAUUAACCUAACUGAAUAGUAAUAUCGGCCAAAGCCUUGUUGUCUUGCCGAAGGCAUGUAUAGGAAAUUGCUGCUCAGUUUGUAACUCUGACAUGCAAAAAAAGUGGAAGUUGAACUGCUUUGCUUUCUUCUGUAUAUUAAAUGAAUAUCGACAAAAGGAUAUACAUAUUCACUUCAUUUGGAGUAAUGAGCAUUGACUUUGUUCGGCGUAAUGAACAUUGACUUUGUUUGGCGUAAUGAACAUUGACUUUGUUUGGCGUAAUGAACAUUGACUUUGUUUGGCGUAAUGAGCAUUGACUUUGUUUGGCGUAAUGAGCAUUGACUUUGUUUGGAGUAAUGAGCAUUGACUUUGUUCGGCGUAAUGAACAUUGACUUUGUUUGGCGUAAUGAGCAUUGACUUUGUUCGGCGUAAUGAACAUUGACUUUGUUCGGCGUAAUGAGCAUUGACUUUGUUCGGCGUAAUGAGCAUUGACUUUGUUUGGCGUAAUGAGCAUUGACUCUGUUUGGUGUAAUGAGCAUUGACUUUGUUCGGCGUAAUGAGCAUUGACUUUGUUUGGCGUAAUGAGCAUUGACUUUGUUUGGAGUAAUUAGUAUUGACUUUGUUUGGAGUAAUGAGUAUUAACAUUGUUUGGAGUAAUUAGUAUUGACUUUGUUUUGGAAAAGAUAUGUUUUUGAACUGACAACUUAUGUUGAUUUGGAUGUUGUAUGUGGAUAGAAACAUUAGUUUGUAAGAUUGUGUUAGAUUUUGUUUUAUAGUGUUACAGUCACAUUGUUUUUUUUCAGAUGAAGAAGUAAGUAGCCAUGAUAGAACAGAUAUAUAAAUACCAUGAUCUACCCUACAUACUGCAGGUAUUAUCUGU